AAAAAAAUUCACACACUAAUAUAAACGAUAAAAAAAUCAUAAUAAAUUUUAAUCACAUAUAUUUAUUCAAUAUGUAACCGCCUGUGUUUGUAUUUUGCUACACUGGAUAAGCAAAGAAAAACUAUGCUCUGCUCACCUCCAUUACACUCAAUUAAACUAAAAUAAUGCCACGAAUUUAACUUGCCAUGCACCACGUAUAGAAAAGUAGGAGCCACGUGCCCUGCUUCCAAAAAAUCUUCAAAAAUGCAACAUAAUAUAUCAUCAGAUCAUCAUUAUACUUGUGUUGAGAGCAAAAUUAAUAGAUUAAAAAAAAAAAGAGAUUACUAUGGCUGAAAAUGGGGAAUUGAUGGAUGUAAAUCCGACCCGAAAGACUAAAAUUUGGGCAACACUAGCUGGAAUUGCAAUUGAAGUCCUAAUUUUGGGGCUAAUGGGUUUCAGUUUCCUCACUUCAUUCAUACUUCUGGUGGUAACUUCUCCGUUGCUUUUAAUAUUUAGUCCUCUGUUAAUUGGUGCUGCUGCCGUGUUCGGAGUGGCCAUGGCGGGAUUUGGAGUGGCUGGGAUUACGGCGGGUUUAGGAUUGUCAUCGUUUAUUUUGGUGUAUCGGUCGGUAAUUAAAGGUAGAAAAAUCGGCGGUGCUGAUGAUGCGCCGGUCACUGUGGAUAAAAUGAUUCAAUCUUAUGCGGAGGACGAGCAGCCUGACAGUGAAGUGCCAGGUACUGUAGAUAGAACAGAGGGUGUGAAGCAGCAGGAGGAGCAACAGGGCAGCACUACUUCAGAGCCAGUUACUGUAGAUAGAAUGGUUGAGUUAUUUGAGUCUUUAAAAGAGAAUCCACAUGAUCAAAAUGAAACUGCUACUGUUGUCCACAUAGUUACUGUGGAGGUUGAUGAUGAGGAGGAAUUGGAGGAGGAGCAGCAACACAACAAGGAUAUGGCCAGUACUGGUGACUAUUUGCAGCAAAAUGUUCAGAGACAGAUCCCACAAGAGACUUAAUUAAGAACACAUAUAUAUAUGGUCACAAGUGGCUAGUUUGUAAACUUUUCUUCGACUCUGUUACAGCUAAUGAUAGAGGUUCAUUUCUCUUCAUUUCUAAGUUGCUAUAGCACUGCAUACAUGUACUUUUUGGAUUAUUUUUUUUUAACACCCUACUUUAGGUCUCUACAGUAUGUACAUAGUGGGUGCUGUCUUUUAACAUGUUAAAAGAGUGAGGAUUUUGUUUGGUUGGGCAUGUCAUCUUUGUUUUAUUA